AGAGCUAGAUUUAGCCUUCGGGUUGGGUUGGCGAAGACCUUAGUCAGUUUGGCACAGGCUAGGAAGAGAGAUGGCUGUGCUGAAUGCACGCAGUGUCCUGGUGACUGGGUCCAAUCGGGGUAUUGGCUUUGAGCUGGUCAAACAGCUGGUUGGGAAAAGUAACCGGCCAGAAUGGGUCUUUGCCACCUGCCGGGACCCAGAGGGACCACGUGCCCAGGAAUUGAAGAAUUUGGCUGCUAAGCACCAGGGAGUAGAGAUUCUUGCACUGGAUACUUCCGAGCCAUCUAGUGUCAAGGCUGCUGCAACCCGAGUCACAGAGUGGUUGAAGGGAGCUGGGCUAAAUCUUCUGAUAAACAAUGCUGGGAUUUUAAAGCUAAGCACUCUGGAAACAGAGACACCAGACAGUAUGGCUGAGGUAUACAAAACCAAUGUGAUUGGUAGCAUGUUGGUGACUCAGGCAUUCUUGCCCUUGCUGAAGAAGGCAUCUCAGGAAAGCCCCCAGAAAGGGAUGAGCUGCAGCAAAGCUGCCAUUAUCAAUGUAUCCAGUGAAGCUGGUUCCAUUAAAAAUGUCCUUGUAUGGAGUGAAGGGCAAGUCAUUGGUUACCGUUGUAGCAAGGCUGCUCUGAACAUGCUCACCAGGUGCCAGUCCCUGGGAUAUGCCAAGGACAACAUCCUGUGCAUUACAUUGCAUCCUGGGUGGUUACAGACAGACAUGGGAAAUAAACUGGGGCAGCCCCCACUGACUGUGGACUACAGUGUGCGAGAAAUCCUGAACACCAUUCCCUCUCUCUCUGAGAAAGACCAUGGCACAUUUGUGAACUUAGAUGGGAAAGUCCUUCCCUGGUAAAACACCAAACAACCUGCUUGUCUGCACAGCAGAAGGAACCCCUCACUACCAGAGGCAACAUAAACACCUGAGAAUACAUGCUUUUUUUCUUCUACUUCUUUAAAAAAUACAUCUUCAGCUGAAACUCUCACCAUCUAGCCUUCCUUUGAA